AUGACGACGUUAACCAAUCCGAAGACCACCCACUAUCUCUCUCUCUCUCUCUCUCUCUCUCUCUCUAUCUAUCUAUCUAUCUAUCUAUCUAUCUAUCUAUCUAUCUAUCUAUGUAUCUGCUAUCUAUCUAUCUAUAUAUCACCAACACUUUUUACUUCAUACAUUUCCACAUUCCCUGUCCAGGUUCCUCUCUCCCACUUUCUCUUUCUCUCUGAAUUUCUUCGCAAAUUCUACUUACAAAUAAGUGUGCAACAACCUCUCUCUCUCUCUCUCUCUUUCUCUCUCUCUUUCUCUCUCUCUCUCUCUCUCUCUAAAUCUUCGUUCAAAGGAUUCAAGAUUUCUAAAUCCUCGUCUAACGUUACCUUCUUCUUCAUUAUUAUUUUCCAUUUUCUUCUCUUUUCUAUCUCUUUCGUAUUUUUACAUUGUUCUACUUCCUACUUUCUUCCUAUUAUUCAUCCUGAUCUUUUCUUUAUUUUUUCUUUUUAUCUCUUUAUUCAUUAUUUUCCUAUUUUUCUUUCUUUUCUUUUCAAUUUUCCAUCUUACUUCUGUUACGGUUUUCCCUUUUUCCCUGCACUUCCAAAAUCAGUUUCUUUUUCCUCUCUAUUCUUCUUUAGUGCUUAUUAG